UCAAAGUCAAAUAAAAAAAGUCAAAGUCAAAAAAAUAAAAAUUUCCGUUGUCUGAGAUCGAGAAGUCAUUUUCGUCCUACAUGCGCGAUAAACUCGACUUUUCGUGCAUGAAUAGCGGGCGGAAAGUAAGCUUUUGUCCCCCGACUAUACGUAAACUUCGACAGCAAGCAGACGUUAUACUGUAACGAUCAUAAUCAUUUUUAUUGUUUAUAUCGUUGCCAUUACCCGGAUCACCGUUAUUAUUAGAACAAUAAUUAUAUUAAUAUUUUGAAUAUUCGCGCGUUAGCGCCAACUUCAGCCACCAGGCGUCUCCGUCACCAAAGAUUAGCAGACGACAAAAGCACGUGUUGCUUUUGCGGCGGAAUGCUAAUCAGAUUGGUGCGAACCGGUGCGAACGGCACACGAAAUUAUUGUAAAACUUAUUGUAUUUACAAGUCUUUGCGCUUCGUUCUUAUAUCACUAAUAAAUUGUUAUAACUAAAUUGUGAAUUGUGUGUCUCGUUUCAUUUUCAUUUGGAUAUAACUACUCGACGUUGUUGCAGUGUUUAUUCUAACGGAAAUAUUGGUUACGUCAUCAAGAUGGAGGACAUCGCGCUUAACAACACGACACCAGCUGAUUCCCGCGCUAACAACAACGAGCCUACUGCCAGCAUAAUACCAGAGAUUGUGGCCUUACAGCCAUCGCCAACCUUAGAGGAUCAGCGCGAAAUUGGAAGCAAGGUGAAAUUCGACGCAUUUCCCACAGGGUUGAUCGCACUUACUAAAUCAGCCUACGAUGUUAUCCUCACCGAACGAGAAACCUUAGAAGCGCGAUUGAUUGAAGCCAAUAAGAUCAUAGAUGACUUGCGCAAGGAAGCUAACCCAAUUCGUAUCAACGAUAACCAAGAAAUAGUUGAACAAUAUCGCACCAUAAUCCGACUACAAGACGAACAGCGCGAAUUAGAGAAACAACUAUCUGCUUCAAACGACGAACUCUCGAAACUCAAAGUAGACUACAGUUCAUACGAAAUAGACUACAAGGACCUUCUAGAAGAUUACAACUAUCUUGAAGAAAAACAUUUCCGUUUAAAGAAACUGUUCAAAGAGAGGAUCCAAGAGGUCUACCGUGCUCACGUGGAAUUACGCGAAGCCAAACUCCGACCAAAGGCCUCGGACGGUUGUCUGAACUGCGGAAAAAUAGGACACAGCUUUCGCUCUUGUCAAGCGAAAUACUCUGGGAAAUUUUGCCAGAUUUGCGCGCACCCGGAUUUCUCCACGAAGGAAUGCCCUUGGCCGCACUACUCCGAGUGGCCACAUCAACUACCCGAGCGCCUACGUUGCAAAUGUUGUUGGAGACCACUUAAUCUCCCCGACGUAAACUGCCAUACUUGUCGCAAACGAAUGAUCGAAUCAGCUCUUAUCGAUCGUAAUAAACUUGCCCUAGAACUAGAAGUACAGCAUACUCUCCGUAUAUCAGCGCAAAACCAAAAUCCAGUAAUCCCGGAAGCCGACUGCCCUCAAGACCAAGAUUCUCCAGCCUGUAGCCCUCCCACUGUUGGGGCUCCUCAUGUCGAAGUAGAUACGAUCAAAAAACUUUCACCAUACGACUCCGAUGCUAUGAACGCUAUCCUCUGGGAAAGCCUGGCUCAAGUCCACAAGCUCAACAUCGAAAAAGAUGAAGAACAAGACUAAGUCUAUUAGUCUAUACCUCGAUAAAGAAAAAUCGCAUCUCUACUCAACGUGCCCUUUUGGCAUAAUUCUCUUUAAAUUAUUUUUAGUUCAAGAGCCUUACGCGCUUUCAAGUUCGUUAAAACUUACAUUUUUACUAACUUAUAGUUUAGCGCCGUUGCGCUAAUUAUUUUCAUAUUCGAAUAUUUACCAUUGUUACGUUGACUUAAAUAAUCUUGUUUUUAUAGUUAACUUAAUGAGUAUUAAAUAACUACGAAAAGACUGUUACGUUAAGUUAAAACCAAAUGCGCCUUCUAUUAAAAUAAGACGAGCAGUGAGAAGUUGGUUAAACAUGAUCUCAAUUUUUUUCCUUCUUUAUUUCCAAUUUUUAUUUUUAUUUUACUUUGAUUUUCAGUCAUUUUGUAAUAUAUAGUCCAUAACUUCAAAUCGUCUAUUAUACAGGCCAAGUACCAGGUGGGACACAAGCACGUGUUGCUUUUGCGGCGGAAUGCUAAUCAGAUUGGUGCGAACCGGUGCGAACGGCACACGAAAUUAUUGUAAAACUUAUUGUAUUUACAAGUCUUUGCGCUUCGUUCUUAUAUCACUAAUAAAUUGUUAUAACUAAAUUGUGAAUUGUGUGUCUCGUUUCAUUUUCAUUUGGAUAUAACUACUCGACGUUGUUGCAGUGUUUAUUCUAACGGAAAUAUUGGUAAGUUUGUUCGAUUUCUCACUUUGCUUGGCUUGCCUCGUUGGAGAAACUAAAGAAGGAAAAUUUCCAAGUUCGAGGACAUUUUGGUUGGUAUAUUGUUUCAAUUCCGUUCAAGUCCUACCCGCGUUAAAUAAUAAAUAAUAUUAAAAAUAAUUCUUGAAUGGGUUGUCACAUUUUUGGCGCCCAACGUGUAAUUUAGCAAAUUUUUCUAAAUUCGUUUCUUUGUGCGUGCUUCGUCGAGAGUUCUCUUACAUGUGCCGCCAUUGUGACGUCACGCCAAGACCACUCUCUGCCUUGACACUCACACAACCUUAUGCCUUUACGCACAUGAACAGCAGUCAGCUGCUAUUCUCGAAAAUAAUUCAAUCUUUUUUCGAAUUAUUCUCUCGCGCUAAAUGUCAUAUUAUUAAAGAAACCAACCAGAUUUCCUUAACUUAUUGCUAUUUGACAAUGCUUAAUUUUACUUUAUAAAUUUUAUUUAUUAUAAUAAAUUCUAUCAAAUCAAGCAUGCUCAAUUUUCCCUGAUCUCUCACUGCUUUCGCUCGCACCAAUCUCACUCUACAAAAUAGAUCAAAAUAAAUUAUUCAAAUCAAUUAUCGUUAUUUCUAUUUUGCAUAAUUUAAAACUAUACAAAAUUGUUCCCAUCGCUUAUCGCUUUCUGCCUAUUUUUUUUUCUUCGCUUCGCAUUAUAGUUCGCUUGAAAAUAAUUAUUUACUUUCGUAUUUCGCUUGUAAAACAAUUUUUUUCAAUUAUUUUUGUACUUCGCUGGUAAAAACAACCUUUUUUAGUUAUUUUUACAUUUUGAUUAGAACAAAUUACUCUAAUUAUGUUUAUACUUUCGCUUAAAAAGAAAUUAGAACUGUAAAACUGCUUACCGCUUUUUCUUUUCUAUUUAUUACAUGAAAUUUUUAAAUAUUUUUUGUAAGAAUCUUUUUUCUCGACUAUCAUGUGUGAAAAUUUUUAAUUGAAAUUCUUGUUUCUACUAUAGCCUAAAGUGCUACAAAACGAGAUUUCCAGCGUAUUUCAAAAGUAAAUACGACAAUAUUUACAAAUUUUGCGUACUUCUUCGUAGCUGCCCUUGUUUUUCAAGUCCUACCCGCGUUAAAUAAUAAAUAAUAUUAAAAAUAAUUCUUGAAUGGGUUGUCACAAUACUGAUCUGAGUAUUGCAAGUCGUGUUUGUUGACAAUACGCAGUUUUCGUAUUGAUAACUUCAUUGUAGCGUUCAAACUAUUUAACGAAUAAUUUUUGUUAAUACCUUAGUUGAAAGUUUGGACAUUCACCAGUUAAAUAAAAUUUGAAUUAGACAUUUAGAUUAAAUAACCAGUUCACAGCAUGACAUUUCCAUGACCUCUGCAUUUGUUACUUUCCUCCUAACCCCCGAGGAGGAAAGUAACAGCACCUAGGAGGAAAGCAACAUUAUAGAAUUAUGGUUAAAAUUACAAUUUGAAGACUA